AUGGGUUCCAGCCAAGACUCUGACAGCGCCCACUAUGUGCCCAAUGGCACCAAUGGCGUAAAGCGCCGGCGAAGGUCAACCGUUCUCAAUGCGAGAUCGCAUGUCAAGCAGGAACUAUGGAAGCAGGCGCCGAUACUCAUUGGCAGCACCAACUUCGAGCCUCUUCCUGAUGCGAAGAACAUCUUGAUAACUGGUGGAGCUGGCUUCAUAGCUUGCUGGUUCGUACGGCAUCUGGUACUCACAUACCCACACUACAAUGUCGUAUCAUUCGACAAGCUGGACUACUGCGCUGCGCUCAACAACACGCGAAUCCUCGAUGGUCGACCCAAUUUCACCUUCGAACAGGGUGACAUCACGUCACCGGCGGACGUAAAGCGCGUCUUGCGAAAACACAAAAUCGACACGCUCUUUCACUUCGCGGCACAAUCGCACGUCGAUCUUAGCUUUGGCAAUUCAUACGAAUUCACGAACACCAAUGUAUAUGGCACCCAUGUUCUGCUUGAAAGAGCGAGAGAACAUGGUGUCACUAGAUUCAUACACAUCUCGACCGAUGAGGUAUACGGCGAUGUUCCUGUCGGAGCGGCAGACCUGGGCGAGACGAGCAUACUGGCACCAACAAAUCCAUACUCGGCGAGUAAAGCAGCGGCAGAGAUGAUGGUCAGCGCAUACAGGAGUAGCUUCAAGCUGCCGCUGAUCACCGUUCGUGCGAACAAUGUAUAUGGACCACAUCAGUUCCCUGAGAAGAUCAUCCCAAAGUUCAUCAUGCUGCUACAGCGAAAACAGAAGCUCCUACUCCACGGCGACGGCUCACCCACACGACGAUAUCUGUACGCAGGGGAUAUUGUAGAUGCGCUGGACACCAUACUUCACAAAGGCGACAUUGGUCAGAUCUACAACAUCGCGUCCAAGGACGAGAUAUCGAACUCGGACAUCUGCCGCAGGCUGUUGGAUGUCUUCGAAAUAUCCCAUGACUCCCCUACCGAGCUGUCGAAAUGGGUCGAGCACACGGAAGACCGGCCGUUUAACGACCAGCGCUAUGCGACGGACGGGACCAAGCUGAGCGCGCUGGGUUGGGAACCCAAGACGAGCUUUGAUGAAGGUCUGAAGGUGACAGUGGAUUGGUAUCGGAGGUUCGGCGAAGUAUGGUGGGGAGACAUAAGCCGCGUCCUGACAUCGUUCCCGGUGGUGACGGGUAACGAGAUCUGGACAAAAGAGGAGCAUGAGGAUCUACCCUCUUCGGACGGUGAGGUUACACACGAGGAAGACAGCGCGAUUUGGACGACGUAG